AUGGAUUUCAUCAAGAACAGUUUGAUCCUUUCUUUCAUCUUCAUGUUCUGUUUCUGUUACCAACAAUCUCAAGCCAUGAACAUCACCGACAUACUUUCUAGUUACUCAGAUUUAAGCACCUUCAGUAACUACCUAACCCAAACCCAAUUGGUAAACGACAUUAACUCCCGACAAUCAAUCACCAUUUUGGCUGUUGAUAACGGCGGCACCGGCUCACUUUCCGGCCAAUCAACCGACUAUGUUCGUACAAUCAUGUCUAUUCAUGUCCUUCUUGAUUACUUUGAUGUUGCCAAGCUUAGGAGUAUGGCUGGUGGUAGCACUCUGACACCGACUCUGUUUCAGACAACCGGCAGGGCGAUGAACCAACAGGGUUUUAUCAACAUGACCAUCACAACCGGCGGUGCUGUUCUUUUUGCCUCCGGUGCUGAAGGGUCUGGACGUGCUAGUUUGGUUAAGACUGUUGUCGCUCAGCCUUACAAUGUUUCGGUUUUGCAAGUUAGUGGAUUCAUAAUUCCUAACGGUAUUCAGAAUGGGAAUGGCGCUACUUCAACACCACCACCCCCACCGCCGCCACCCCCACCACCACCAUCAUCACCAGGCGUACUACCACCACCGACGACCGCAACCCCGCCGACAGCAACAAACACAACAACCCCACCGACAGCAACAAACACAACAAGCCCACCGACAGCAACAAAUUCAACAAGCCCACCAUCACCAUCAAUAAUAACUAGCCCACCUUCACCAACAACUGCAAGCCCUCCAACCAAAUCGAAAUCUCCAGCACCCAGUCCGGGUAGACCAGGCAAGGCCCCGUCCCCGUUUGGAUCUAAAACCGCACCAUCAAAAAGUCCAAUUGCCACACCGUCAUUGGGUAGCGCACCGGCUCCAGGACCCUUAGCAGAUGGGCCAGUGGCAGCUGAUGAUAAAGCGGGUAGCUCUACUGUCCGGUUCGGCGGUGGCUUAAUCCUGACGGUUGUAGCGAUCAGCACGUGGCUAACUCUGGGUUGAUCUGAGCUAGGAUUUGCCGGAAUAAGGCCUCCCCUUCCAACAGAUUGGAAGUAUUCAGGGCAUCUUUUGUAGGUGAAACUGUUUAUUCUUUCAAUUUUUCAAUUGACGAUAAGUCUGUCAUGUCAUGUCCAUCGAACCGAUCGGACAAUGUUGUAGAGAAAUUCCAUUUGUUGAACAUCAACAAUUACAAUAAUUAAUGAGAAGCAGAUUUACACGAAUUAUCUAUCUUAUAAAAAUUGUAACUUUCAUUUCAUUAAAAUGCAAUUUUAAGAGCUGAGCUCAAGGAAUCUUUGAGCCAUGGGAUGUUUAGCCUGAGAGAGAUGAUUAGGUUUAAGAACUUCAACGAUCUCUCCAUUGACAACAAGCGCCACCUGAUCAGCGAUCCUCUGGAUUUGCUUGAUGCUGUGGGAGACGAUGACAAUGGUGAUCCCUCUGUUAUUCUUUAGCUUCACAAGAACGUCUUCUAUGUUCUGCGUUGAUAUUGGAUCCAAAGCGCUUGUGGGUUC